CCGGCUGGGGGCGGUAUGCACCACCUUGUUCAGCCGAAACUAAAAUCAAGAAGAAGAAGAUCCAAGAUGGCGGCCUCCACGGCGUCGCGUGAACUCUUCACGGAGGGAGUUCGGGCGGUUCUUCAGACGUGGCCGGUUCUACAGAUCGCCGUGGACAACGGCUUUGGAGGCGUUUACGGCCAGCAGAAAGCUGAUUGGAUGGUGGAUGUCGUUCAGCAGUAUUUCCAUGACAACGCUGACCUGCAGCAGUAUGAGGUGGAGGAUUUCCUGUCUCAGCUAAUGGAUCAGGAGUUUGAUACGGUGGUGGAGGACGGCAGCUUACCUCAGGUAUCGCAGCGUCUGCUGCAGCUGUUCUCCCUCUGGCAGCAGGGGGCGCUGCAGCAGCUCCGCAGCACCGUCCACAUACUGACUCAGAGCAAGACGCCAAGGGCAAAGGUCACGGCUCCACCCGCGCAGUCGGACAAGGAGGAGAGCGACGGCGAAACGCAGGGCAUGGAGUGUGAGGAGUCCCGCCCGUCCCUCAGCACCACACGUCCUCCUCCUCAGGAUGAAGAGGACGGCUGGACUGUGGUCCGGAGGAAGAAGUGACGAGCAGAACCAGAACUUUACAAACCGGACUUGAACUGGACUUUACUGUGGAGCCGCCAUGUUGGGGGCGGAGCCUCUAGGAAGGUGCUGCAAACUCCAAAUGAUCCGGUUCUGAUGGACUAGUUGGAUAACUGUCUUCGUUUAUUCAGAACAUCAAAAUGGGUCAAAUUAAACAGAACCAAUCAAUUUAAAAAUAUCAGUCCAUUAAAAAUCUUUGCAGUUCUGAUCCGUCCUGGUUCUGCUCUCAGGUCCAGCAGAACCAGAACCAGGUGGAAACUUUUAGGAUGACGGAUCCGAACUGAUCUAGUACCGUUACAGAACCACAUGCUAGCAUAUCAGACUGGACCCGGACUCUCUGGUUCUGACCCGGACUCUCUGGUUCUGUGCUGCUUUAGGUCAAAUUCUGACUGGUUCUGGAUGAUUCAGUUAUUUGAAGCUAAAAAUAUUAAAAUAUUUUAUUAUUAAUAAUGCCACCUGGCGUGUAUGGAGAUUAUCCUACUUUAUAACCAAAGGUAACGUAUUACCUUUGGUCUUACAUUACCUUAAUGUAAUGUAUGACAUUACAUUAAGGUAAUGUCCAUUAGCUAAUGCAUUAGCCUUCAGCUGCUGAUUAACGUUAGCUGCAAUUAGCAGCUAAUGAUGCUAAUUAGCUGCUGAAGCUUCUGCAGAUGUUCUGGAAUAUUUUUACUAAAAUCAUGAAGUCGUUUUUCAUGGAGUUGUUUACAAUAACUGCUCUUAUUCUGAAAGGUAAGGUGUGAUGUCAUCUCUGCUCAUGAAUAAGUAAUUAGCGCUGCUGGCCAUUGUGUUGACAUUUAACCCCCUGCAGUCUGUAUUCAGAGCUGAAUUUAAAUAAAGAUAUGAAAACAUAA